ACCAGUACAAGUUUCUACUAUAAUAUAUUUAGUCUGCACAGCAAAGGAAUUCUACUUAAGUGAUAUAUUGUAUCUGCUUGCUCAUGAUUUAUCUCAAUGCAAUUAGAGAGCUAUGUUUACAUUAGGUGGGGUUAUAUUUUGUGAGCAGGUAUACUGGAUGGAAAGCUGAUAACAGACUAGGUCAUACACCCCAUUUUUUAUUUACCUUCUUCAUCUCGUUCAACUACAAGCCAUUAUCUAAAGAAACAACCCGCUCUGGUCCUUCUUGAUUAUAUCUAACACCGCAUAAAAUGUUGGUUGUUAAACGGGGUGGAAACAACAACCACAACUUAAUGAAGGAGUGAAGGGAAUUUCAGCGUUGAUUUCAUUCUUUCUAUUGAUUUUUACAUAUCUCAUAUCAUAAUUUGUUUAGUAGACACUGUAUGUCGUAUUCAUUUAGCAAUGCUUUCUGUAUUAAUGAAUAUAUUUCGAUUUGUUUUUGCUGAUAUUUUAUCGAUGAUGAUGAUAAAAACAAUUAUUACAAUGGUUAUGUUGUAGCUGUGGUUGUUGUUACUCAAUUCGUUAUCCAAUCAGUUCUCAGGAUCAUAUUACCGUUGGCUGUCAUACUGGAUUCAAUACAUAAAAAAUGAUAAAUUGACUGGAAUGGCGCUCCCUAUUGGAGAAAUUAUUGGAAUUGCUUGUGUAGUUGCCUUUGUGCUCCUUUCAAUUGGAUUCUUAAUAUAUCGCCGGUUUUGUAGAAUAGGAACAAACCAUCAUUUAUAUCAUGAAGCUGAAGCUCUGAAAGAAGAAAGAGCAAAUUUAUCAAUUAGUCAGAGUAGUCCUAACCUUGUAAACGAAUGCGAUGGCAAAGAAGGGAUUCGAAACACUGUGAAGAGAAGUUUGCAAGCUUUUCGCCAAUCAACUUUGCCAACUGUUUCUGAGAGACACCUAACAUUUGAGCGAAGUUUGUCUCACAAACUUGACCUAUCUAAUGUGGAAUUUUCUGUGCAAAGCUUGUCUCAAAAAAGUCAGCCAUCCAUUGGCAAAAUUAAACCAGAACUUUACAAACAAACACUUAUAGAUGAAACAAAACUAGAACAAUCAUGUGGUAAACUAUAUUUCAGUCUUAGGUAUGAUAUGCAAAAUGAACAUUUGUUUGUAACAAUUAUAAAUGCAACCAAUCUCCCAGCUAAAGAUUUCUCGGGCACAAGUGAUCCUUAUGUAAAAGUCUACUUGCUGCCUGAUCGGAAAACCAAAUUUCAAACUAAGGUGCACCGCAAAACACUGAAUCCUGAAUUUAACGAAACCUUCAUGUUCAAUGUGUCAUGUCAGGAACUCAACAGUCGAAGUGUACAGUUUAGCCUCUAUGACUUUGACAGAUUUUCCAGGCAUGAUUUGAUUGGAGAUGUUAUUGUUAAACAAGAUUUAUUGGAUGAAAAUAUUUCCAAGGAGAAAUUUUUUUCUUUCGAUAUAAUCUCUUCUAAUCAGGAAAAAGCUGAUCUGGGUGAACUGAUGAUGUCAUUGUGCUACUUACCCACAGCUGGACGCCUCACAGUUACCAUCAUCAAGGCACGGAACUUGAAAGCAAUGGAUAUCACUGGCUCCUCAGAUCCCUAUGUCAAAGUAGCACUGAUGUGCCAAGGCAAACGAAUACGCAAGCGAAAGACAAGUGUGAAGAGAAGCACCCUGCGGCCUGUCUACAAUGAAGCCAUAGUAUUUGAUGUACCCCAAGAACACAUUGAGGAGAUCAGUUUGGUCAUCAAGGUCGUCGACUAUGACAGAAUUGGAAGCAAUGAAGUAAUGGGCUGCUGUGGAAUUGGUCCUCAUUUUCCUGGUAUUGGUAGAGAUCACUGGUAUGAGAUGCUGGAGAAUCCUCGCAAGCCACUUGCUCAGUGGUACACUCUGACAGAACAAGUUGAUUUUUCAAGCUUAGACAGCACUCCCAAUGGUGGGAAACAUACCAAUUCUUCAAAAUCAAAAUCCAAAGAUUUUAAAGAAAAUCUAUUUCCAGAUUAAAGAAACAUAAAAACCGAUAAUGAUUAAAUGAAACAUGGAAACCAAUUACACCCCCCACACACACACAUACACACACACUCAUAUAUAUAUAGAUAUACAUAACAGUUUCAUUCUUAUUUUCUUAUAGCUGACAUGCAAGUUUUAAGAAAGAAAGUAUGUCUACAAAUACAUGUAUACAUA